AUGGUCUCCUAUACAAACGCCGCGUGCCAAUCGCCUCUACUCACGAAAGUUCGAGUGCUGGGUCACCACUGUCUCCAUGGCGAGCUGCCCCACGUUCUGCUGACUAUCAACGCGCUGCUCGACGAUUUCUCGACUGGUACGACAGCACAUGACGUCUAUGAACGAACGGGUAGCUUGCGCUUGAUGCAGUACGUCGCUGCACGAGAGCUGAAGGAAGAAUUAGACCCGUUCUACAACCGAUAUCUGUUCAAUCGAACGGUAGAGAUUGCCGCUGUUAACGGGGAUUUAAAGACCAUUAAGUGGCUGAUAGAGAGCUACAAACCCAAAUACCUCACGACGGCGGUAGCUGCAGCAGCAGCUAAUGGACAUCUUGACAUCCUGCAAUGGCUAUACGAUAACCAUCGCGAAAUCGGCUACUGGGGCGCUACUGAGAUGUGUGGAGCACUUCACAACAACCAAUCAAAGGUGAUCGAGUGGCUUCGUGAGAACGCAGUACCUCGUAAAGAUAGUCUGAAGAAAGUGAUGGAAGCCGCAGCAGCAGCUGGUAACGUAGAAAUCGUGGAAUGGCUGUUUAAAAGCUGCCGUGCAAGUGCUGAGGACGCCCUAUGGAGUGCACAAUCUAACAAGCAGUGGGAGAUGGCAAGGUGGAUUCUUGACAACUGCGGUAUCAUCGGACCCUGGAUCGACUGGGAUCUACCAGCUAAAGACGGAGCCAUAUCAUUUUUGCACUACUUGCGCUCACGAUCAAUCGGUGGGCCAGGAUUCUACACGCUGCAAGUCGCAGCAUUGAAUGGACACCUCGAGGUAGUCGAAUGGCUCCAUGAUGAACUACGCGUCCCCUUUUCACCCACAGUGUGGCAUGCUGCAGACAACGGUCAUCUAAACGUGAUCAAAUGGAUGCACGACAAUGGAUACAAACACGGUGGCGCUGCGAUAAUGGACCGUGCCGCGACGUUCGGUCAACUUGACGUCGUCAAGUGGCUACAUGAUAAUCGGGAGGAAGGAUGCACGGAGCAAGCGAUGGACGGUGCAGCGACAGAAGGUCAUCUCGAGGUCGUGAAAUGGCUACAUGAAAACCGAAGUGAAGGUUGCUCCAACGCAGCAAUGAAUGGCGCUGCUAGUAAAGGGCACUUAGACGUCGUAAAGUGGCUACAUAGCCAUCGACGUGAGGGAUGCACCCAUGUGGCAAUGGAUGCAGCGGCGGAGAAUGGCCAUCUACACAUCGUGCAAUGGCUUCAGAAAAACAGAAAAGAAGGGUGUACACCGGCAGCAAUGGACGCGGCGGCAAGCAAAGGACAUCUUGAUGUGGUGAAGUGGCUACACGAGAAUCGGAGUGAGGGUUGCACGACAAAAGCUAUGGACAUGGCAGCUGAGAACGGACACUUCGAGGUCGUCAAAUGGCUACAUGCGAACCGAGAUGAGGGUUGCACCGCCGACGCCAUGAACACAUCAGCCGCCAAUGGCUACUUGGCUAUUGUGAAAUUCCUACAUGAAAAUCGUGAAGAAGGUUGCACAGUUGCUGCAAUGACCCGAGCGAUUCUUGGCGCUCAUUUUGAAGUGGCCAUGUUUCUGAAGACUCAUCGCUCAGAGGGCUUUGUGCUGCAUCGGAAUUCUAUUAUUCGACUUCCGUUGGAACUAAUGCAGUGGCUGAUCGCGAGCUACAUCGACAAUCUUCAUGGAUACGAAUUCGAGGUUGAACGGAGUGAUUGGCGUUUCAACGAAUGGUGUCGUGAGAUCAGACUGCGGGUGGCCCAUCAGAACGAACAGUCCGUGUGGUGGGAGUGCAGCGCGAAGACUGUUCGCCCUGUAGUCAAUUGA